GGAGCAGCAAGCAGAGCCCCACACCAACACCGCCACUCUUCCACAUUGCUCGUGGCGCACUAACAUGGCGUUGACUCGCCGAGGGACACAACGGCUCUUGCACCCGCGCUGCUGUUAUUGUUGUUUUUGGGACUACUAGAAAAGCGUGAGAGUAGGGUGGCGGGGUUGGGGGGCUUUAGUGUGGGGUGAGAGAUUCUGCCCCCCACCCCCCCGAAAAAAAAAAAACAAAAACACCCGCGCAGACAAUAGCAAGCUGACCACCCGUGGGCAAAAAGAAAAUGCAUGGCAUGUGGCUGUGACGGUCUAGCCUGGCGUGUAGACACGGACGAGGAGACCCACGCUACCCGACUGCUGGACCCCCCUCCCCACCAAAAAGGCUGUACAUGGCGGUGGAGCGCACCCCUUGGCUCAUCUGUGUGCUUUUGCUCUUUUGCGCUCCAUCCAAGCAAGAUAAGCCUGUUUCGGUGGAGCUGAGCUGCGGGGCCGGACCCAGCCAUGUAGUGUUGGAGCCGGGUUCCCCCCUCAAGCUGGACUGUAAUCUGGGGGCCAGCGACACGCCACUCAACAUCACCUGGCUGCAUGAGGGCCAGCCCCUUCCUCCGGAGGGGAGCGACGAGCAGCGGUAUCUCGCUGACCGCUCCCUCUUCCUGCUGCUAUCCUCCAAGGAUGGCGCAUCCCCUCAGGCCCUGGAGGGAGGCUACAGCUGUGUGAGCGCCAAUGCACAUGGAGCCUUGACCAGCCGGACUGUCAAUGUGCUGCUGGCGAGUAUGUCCUCCUUCCGUCAGGAGCCUUCACCUCAGACGGUACCUGCUGGGGGGGCUGCUCGCUUCGAGUGCCAGAUCGAUGGCGUGCCCACACCUGUAAUUACUUGGGAAAAGGACAAAGUCGCUGUCCCCCAGGACCCAAGCAGGUUCAUUUCCCUUCCAAUUGGCGUGCUCCAGAUUCUGGAGGUGACCAGAGAGGAUGAGGGCACCUACCGCUGUGUUGCAUUCAACUCUGCCAGGAGGGACAUCAGUCACGAGGCGCAGCUCACUGUCACUGCAGGCUCUGCAGGAGCCCUGAACAGAGUUCUGAUCGUAGCACCGCCGCAGAAUGCAACAGUGCUGCUCGGCCGUCCAGCCGUGAUGGAGUGCAUGGCGCAGGGCCAGCCCAAGCCACUGGUGUCCUGGAGCAGACUAGAUGGGAAGCCCAUUUCCACAGAUGUGGUUGUCCUCGCUACGAACCUGCUCAUCAGAAACACGAGGCGCCACCACGGGGGCAUCUAUGUCUGCAGGGCCAACAAGCCUCGCACCAGAGAGUUUGUUACCGCCGCUGCUGAGCUGCAUGUGCCUGCCCCUCCAGUCAUUCUCCAGCCCCCAGAGACGGUGUCUCUCUCCCGAGGAAACACGGCCAGGUUUGUGUGUAACAGCUCAGGGGAGCCCACCCCGGUGUUGCACUGGUUGAAGAACGGCAAGCCAAUCCGCUCCUUGCGUCGUACCAAAACCCAAAACCCUGGCGUCCUUCUCAUCAACCAGCUAGCCCUGGAGGACGCUGGCUACUACCAGUGCAUCGCCGACAACGGCCUGGGCACCGCCUGCGCCACCGCCAAACUCACUGUCAUUGUGAGGGAGGGCCUCCCUAGCCGGCCUCGACGUCUCUCGGUCGCCCCUUACUCCAGCACCACUGCUCUCCUCACGUGGGACAAACCAGAGUACAACUCAGACCGAAUCAUUGGCUACUCGGUGCACUGCCAGCGGGCUGCAGGUUCAGACAACGUGGAAUAUCAGUUUGCGAUGAACAACGACACAACAGAGUAUCAUGUCAAGGAUCUUCUCCCCCACACCGCCUACACCUUCUUUGUGGUGGCCUACUCUCCCAUGGGAGCCAGUCGUCCAUCCCUGCCCGUUACUGUCGACAUGCUCGAGGAUGUGCCUAGCGCGCCCCCUCAGCUGUCAAUUGCCAGCACGUCACCGACAGACAUUAGGUUGAUGUGGCAUCCGUUGUCCUCGCAGCACAGUCGAGGGGCUGUUACCAGCUACCGUAUCGAGUACAGCUCUCUGGAUAAUGUGGAUACUGUCUUCUCGGUGGAGGUGGGCGGUAAUGAGACCCAGUUUACGCUCAGGGAGUUGCAGCCCAACCAGGCGUACAGAUUGAGAAUAGCAGCUGGAACAGCUGUCGGCUUCGGAGUCCCGUCCGAGUGGGCUCAGCACCAGACGCUGGCCCACUACAGCCACACCAGCCACCGCAUGGUGAUGUUCGCUCCCACUGAACUGAAGGUGCGAGCGCAAGUGAACACGCUCAACGUCACGUGGCAGCCCUCGCCCAAUCACACGGUUGUCUCCGGGUACAAGCUGUCCUGCCGAGAGGUGGGCGCCAACGUUGAAAAGAUGACGCAGACUCACCUGGUCAGGCUCCGCAAAAAAGCCAGAUACCAUCUCCUCACUGGGCUUGUUCCAGACCAGCUAUAUGAGGUGAGAGUCUGGGCAUUCAACAAGCAGGCGGAUGGCUCCGCUGCAGUGUGGAAAGGAAGGACCGAAAAGGCUAGUAAAGCAUCUUCGCUACCCAUGCGGCCGCCUCCUUUACCACCGAGCAGUAUUCAGGCCGCAGCCAACAGCUCCACGUCGAUCCGGCUCCGCUGGGAGAAACCUCGCUUCAGCACGGUGCGCAUCAUCAACUACACAGUGCGCUGCAGCCCGGCCGGAACCACCAACGCCUCUCUGGUCACGUACCAUACCAGUGCCGCUCAAGAGAUCCUGAUCGGGGCGCUGAAGCCCUUCACACGCUACGAGCUGGCGGUCCAGUCCAACGGCAUGGAUGCGGCGGGGCCCUUCAGCGGCACCGUGGAAGAGUCCACAUUCGCCGACCGGCCUUCAUCAGCACCGCAGGAGCUGCGCCUGAGCACCAUCAAUUCGUCAUCAGUAUUGGUGAGCUGGCGCCCUCCGCUGGAGCCAAACGGUGUCAUCGUGGGCUACAGGAUCUUGUUCAGCAGUAACUUGAGCCAACCCGAGCACACGUGGAGGAACCUCUCUCAGGAUGGCAGCAUCACCAAUGUUGAGGUGCAAGGGUUAACCAGUGGCACCCAUUACUUUUUCAAGUUGGGGGCAUCGACAGAGGUGGGAGCCGGGCCUUAUUCACUCAUAAAGGACAUUCAAACACCCCCUGACCAAUACGAGUUGGACAUCCAUGCAGUGACGGGCAUCAUCGUUGGAGUGUGCCUGGGGCUCAUAUGCAUGCUCCUCUGCAUGUGUUUCAGUUUCCGCAACACUAAGACCAGAGGGACACCUGACGGCCUAGACUCCACAGCUGUGACCGCCCAAUACAGAAGAGGGGGCUACCCCAGUCCCACCCAUGUGCCAGAGUGCAGUGAUUGCCACGAGCUGGAGACGCUCAUGCCCUCCAGCGAGCAAGAGUUCGGCCACUCGUCCACGGAAACCCCCGAGGGGCAGAGCCUGAUAGUGAGCGGCAACACCUGGGAGGGUGGGGGCCCCCUGGCACCUGAAGCCAAGGCUGUUUGGAAUGGCUCCAUCAGUCAUAACUGGGCCAACAGAAUCACCCGAUACAGAGACACCGUCACUGAAGGCUCGACUGGAUUCAUCGCUGGGGAACUCAGCGUGACAAGCAACGCGGAUUGUCAGAAUGCAUCCCCGUCCAGUAACCAGGUAGAGGCCGAGGUCAUCGUCCACUUGGAGCUCUCCGAAAUGAGCACCGGGAAGGCCAAGUUUGACUGCGGGCGGGCCAAGGACUCCAAAGCCACCCGCGGCCUCACGUUAGGACCUACCGAGGAGAACUCUCCCAGUGAACAAUCGCUGGACCUGAUCCAGCAGAAUCUUCCCACGACAAGUCCGGCGACCAACCACAACGGGGAACCAGAGGAUGGACCGGCUGAGGCGGUUUGCGCCGACCCAAGGCAGGACUCGGGGCUGACCAACGGCUUCCACUCCCCUAAGACGCCACGACCUGCGCCCAAAUCUGGGGAAAACGGGGACGUUGGACGCUGCCCUUCAGCACAAUCCAAGACCAAGUCUGCCGGUCUUACCCCUGUUCCUUUUGUCACUUCAGGCCUGGUCCAGCCUACCUCAGUAGCACACAGUUACUUGUGCCCGUAGUCUCUGCUUGUCAGGUUCGAGCAAACGGAGACGUUCUUACCUGGGAUGAUUGUGUAAAUGUGCCUCAUUGUCGGAUUUCUUUUGUACUUUGAAUCCAUGCUUUCAUACAUAUGUAAAUACAUGACUGUCUAUUUUUAGAGGCUGAGUGCCUGUUUUUGGGGUAUGCAUUGCAACCAUACAUUCCUCUGGGCUGCGAAAGCAAAAAGAUUCAGCGCAGACCCCUCAAUGCCAGACCUAAGACGGGAACCAAAAUGGUAGGCACUAGUCCAGUGGAUCAAGGUGAGGAUCCAAACCCAAUUUUAAGAAUGUUUAGCACCCGUGUUUCUCUCUCUCUCUAGCCUCACGCUGUCUCAGGGUCACUGACACAUCACUGCAAUGCGUGCCAUUCUAUCUCAGCUGUUCACACACAAAAAACAGACACAUUUUGGAAUGUGACGUUGCCGUACUGUGACACUUUGAAUUCAAAUGAGCCAUUGAGAGCUAGAAUGGGCUUAUUCUGUUUCUGUCAUUUUGCAGCACAGUGAUUUAAAACUUUUACGGCUGCAGUAAAACCUUGGAUAUUUUUAUGGAAAUGGUUACUUCGUGCUGGUCGACUGGCUUGCACAUCUCACUCACAGUGCAGAGGUGCACGGUUCGAUUCCGGCUUUGGCCUUCCUCUGUGGAGUUGCGUGUUCUCCCCGUGCCUGUGUGGGUUUUCUCUGGGUAUUUUGGUUUCCUCCCAUAUUCCAAUAACAUGCACGGCAGGUUGAUGGAACACUAAAUUGUCCGGAGGUGUGAUUGUGAAUGUGAAUGUUUUUUUUUGUUUUUUUGGUCUAUGUGUGCCCUCCGAUGGGCUGGCAACCAGUUCAGGGUGUCCGCCGCCUACUGCCCGAAGACAGCUGUGAUCGGCUCCAGCACGCCUGCCACUCUCGUGAGGAUAAGCGGAUUAGAAAAUGCAUGGCGUUAGCCCACUCUACUUCUUAGUGGCUCAAAUGCGAACCAUUAAUCAUGUGUCAUUGGAUGUAUAUGUCAUCUGAUCCCAACACCCAUCCAGACUUCAGCACAGGUUUGCUCUUUUUGUUUUUUUUCCAAACAAGUGUUACUGCCACGCAACACAGCUAAAAGGAUUCGUCAACAACUAUAAAUGUGUAAUAUUGCCUCAGAAACAAUCCCAUGUUGCAAAAAUUACAAAACGGACCGACAUGCAACACUUUUAUUCUUGAGUGAUUAGAGCUUUUGCAAACACACACACACACACACACACACACACACACACACACACACACACACACACACACACACACAAUUAUCAAAACAAACAAAACAAAGUUCUACUGAAUGUGAGUCUUGUGAAAAAAAUUGCAAUUUCAACAAGACGAAAUGAUAGCCUGCAAGAAUAAUCAUCAUUUUAUCUUCACACAAACCUCAUCGUGGGAUCUGGUAAUCUUUCAACGGAAUUGGAUAUUUCUCAAAAAAAUCUUGUAUUUUACCUUUUUUUUCCUCACAUGAAUUCAACGUUUAGUGUUUUUAUUACAACUAAAUCUGGCAGUUUUUGUUCUUUUCAUUGUGGCUCGAAUACUUGUAGGUUUGUUAUUGUUUUAGUUAUUGUUUUUUUUAGGAUUUAUGAAUGUCUGAAUUUGAAAAGAAUGUAAAUUUUCUGGAAUUUAUCAUGACAUGUUACAGCCACCAAUGUGUCGGCGGGUCAUAAUUUGAUGAUGUGUGUGUGUCCAUCUCCCUCUCGAUGAUCCCAGGGAUUUUUGUUUUAAUUUUUCAGUGGUACAAAAUGAAAAUUCACUAAACUAGUUUUCGACGGCCAAACAAGUAUUUGAAUUGAAAAAGUAAUGAAGUUCUGAAUUGUAAAAAACAAACAAACAAAAAGACUGGUGCAUUCCAACUCCUUAUCAACCACACUACCUCAUUUCUUUUUCAGGUUUUCAUUGUGCUUGUGUGGCCUCAAGUGUAGCUAGCACCUUUUUGAAUGUUAUUCUUAUUUCAACAACAUUAACUCUUGAGAAAACACUUUGUUUUCCAACACAAACAGGACGAAACAUACCAACUUCAAACAGCAGUUCAUAGCAUGGACUAUGUUACCAUUCAAGUGCUUUUUGGUGCCUCAGCUCGGAAUUACUCACUCGGAACACAGAUUUAGUUUUUCCUUGUUGAAUUUAUUCAAUUUUAUUUUAUCAAGCUGUUGUAUGAAAUAAAAUCAUCUGGAUAGUGAUAAAAAAAAGUAGACGACACAGCUAUCAAAAAAUAUUUAGAUCCAGAUGAUUUUAUGUUCUGCAACCACUUGACACAAACAAAUGGAGUGAAUUCAACACACCAGUUUUCAGACUAUGACGCUAACGUUGAAGCCAGAGUUUAGAACCCUCUUAGAGUUUCUCCAAUACAAAAAAUGUCCACAAUCGUCAAAAUUGAGUCAAAUGAAGCAUCCCUAUUCUGAACUCAUUUGUGUAUUGUAAAUUAUUCAAAUUUAAAUUGUUCCCUGUAGCAUGAUGUUACCGCAUGGUGCUGCUUCGUAUGCUGCAUUUAAAAAAAAAGAAA